CGAAAAGCUCUGUUACAACAACCUGUAAUUGAUGGUCUACUCACAUCUUCGUGAACUGGGAAACUUCAGGAUUUACAGGACAAUCCCACGUCGCACGUCACCUCUAGUACACACACCCCUUCUUCCUUCUUCCCCUCACUACACUCGAUGGCGACAACGAGUAUGAACCGCCACACCCUGUGCACUUGUUCAAUGUGCACAGAGCUCGACCCCAUAGGGCAGUGGAUCCCCACCACAACGUCCUUGAGCCAUGAGAGGAUGGCGCGGAGGAUGAAUUCUCCAUUUUAUCAGCGCGGACGAGGUCGAGCCACCGUUACUGGAUCUCGCGCCCGCCGUGACACGCUACGAGGCGGCCGCGGUGCCACAUCGAAUUUGUUACGAGGCAGUCGUGGUCGUCCGCCCACGCGGUCAGGCGCCGUUUCUAUCCCUUCUAGCGUCCCCGCCAGCAUACCAACGAAGCGCGUCCGAACCACGUCUCCCCUAAACACCCUUCUCAGGGACGAAGCCCUGGAGUCAUCGACAACGCCUUUUGAUGACCUCGUGCCAGCGGAUAUCGACUAUCUCAUCGAUGGCCCAACCGGCCCACUUGGCGUCGAGGACCUGCAAGACCUGACAAAGAACUUUCCGCAUAGCGCAGACCUUCUGCUCGAUGGAGGAGACGAUGCGCCAAUGCGCCAGGCGACGAUAUCUGAUGAGCGCGCCCAGCUCAAUACCUCGGAGGCUCAGCCUUGA